CUUAGGCAAUUCUUCGGCAUCCUUGGUGGGAGACGCUAAGAGUGGGACAGACAACGAUUUCAAUGCAGUUCUGUUCCGAGAUCCAAACCGGACGACCACUACAUUUUACCCAGCCAUGGAUCACAAAAAUUUCAAGGAGUUCGCCGGUGCGAUGGCGGAAUACAUAGCCAACUACUUGGAAAACAUAAGAGACAGGAGAGUGUUGCCGACCGUCGAGCCCGGCUAUCUGAGACCUCUCAUCCCGGCCGAAGCUCCGGAAACUCCAGAAAAAUGGACGGAUGUCAUGAAAGACAUCGAAAGGGUCAUCAUGCCGGGGGUUACCCACUGGCAUUCGCCCAAAUUCCACGCUUAUUUUCCUACUGCCAACUCUUAUCCUGCGAUAGUCGCGGACAUGCUGAGCGACGCCAUCGCCUGCAUCGGUUUCUCUUGGAUCGCAUCCCCUGCGUGCACGGAGCUUGAAGUGGUCAUGCUAGACUGGCUGGGAAAGUUGUUGGACCUUCCGAAAGAGUUCCUCGCCUGCUCUGGAGGAAAAGGUGGCGGAGUCAUACAGGGGACAGCCAGCGAGGCUACUCUGGUCGCACUUUUGGGCGCUAAAGCAAGAGCGAUCGCUCGAGCCAAGGAAGACCACCCGGACUGGUCCGACUACCAAAUUAUCUCCAAAUUGGUAGCCUACGCUUCCGAACAGGCACAUUCUUCGGUGCAGAGGGCAGGCCUGCUCGGCGGAGUCCAGUUCAAGCUGCUGCCGACAGACGAAAGGUACAGGAUGCAAGCAGCACCGCUCGUCGAAGCGGUCAGAAAAGACAGAGCCGAAGGGCUCAUACCUUUCUUAGUUGUAGCCACCCUGGGGACGACGAGUUGUUGCUCCUUCGAUAAUUUGGCCGAUAUCGGCGUCGCCAGCAAAGAAGAGGGUCUCUGGCUCCACGUGGACGCCGCUUACGCAGGUUCAGCCUUCAUAUGUCCGGAAUACCGCUAUCUCAUGGAAGGAAUCGAUUACGCCGAUUCUUUCAACUUCAAUCCUCACAAGUGGCUUCUAGUGAACUUCGACUGUUCCACCAUGUGGUUCAAGGAUCCAUCCUGGAUAGUGAAUGCUUUCAACGUGGAUCCCCUUUAUUUAAAACACGACCAGCAGGGAGCCGCUCCUGAUUACAGGCACUGGCAAAUUCCACUCGGACGUAGGUUCCGUUCGCUCAAACUCUGGUUCGUCAUGAGACUGUACGGCGCUGAUAACCUGAGAGACCACAUCAGGAAGCAGAUCAACCUGGCCCACCAGUUCGAAGAAUACGUCCGUGCGGAUCCUUCGUUCGAACUUUUCGGCGAUGUCCUCAUGGGACUGGUUUGCUUCCGAAUCAAGGGAUCGAACGAGAAGAACGAAAAACUGCUUAAGAUGAUCAACGGAAACGGCAAGAUACACAUGGUGCCGUCCAAGAUCAACGGUACCUACUUUCUGAGGAUGGCCGUCUGUUCGAGGUACAGCGAGCCUCAAGACAUAAAAGAGUCCUGGGAAGAGGUGAAAGCCAUGGCGACACUGAUGGAAAAGGAAGGUUGAAAUAAUAUUUGCAAUAAAUUCGAGCCUUAGUGAUAUAUAAAAUCCAAAGUCGUUUAAAAAUUAAUGGACAAUAAAAUUAUUGACAAUAAACGGAAUUUUCGUCGCUAAAGUUCGAAUUUGUUGUUAACAGCUGAAGGAUUCUCGGUCUUAGUUGAAACUGUCACCACUCUUCCUUACAACGAACAUACUCAUGAUAUUCAUAAUCGUAAAAUAUAAUACUAACGUAAAAUUUUCAAAUGUCUAAAAUGGAAUUAAGCUGUUUUGAUUCGUAUAAGCCAAUUUUGACAAAUACCAACGGUAAUUGCUUAAUUAUUUUCAAUUGCAAAAAUAACAUAAUACAAUAAUUGAUUUGAUUAAGGUACCAUUAUGAAAUGAUGACAGGUGCUGACCGAGAAUCCCGGUGACUGCAACACGAAAAUCAAAAAAUCAACGAAAACCCGAGUAUUAUUUAAAAGUAUUGACACAAAUAAUAUAUUAAAUAUCGCGUCAUCGAAUAUAAAAAUUUGAUAAUUAAUGAAAUAUCAAAAAUAUAUUUCAAUGUUUUACUGUACAAUUACUAUAAGAAUGUGAAAAUGUAACAUUAUCAAGCUGUAUGAGCGUAUUUAUUUUUCAAAAAAAAAAAA